UAACGCGGCCUCCUUCCUUAUAACUCAAUGCUCUCUCCCUCUCUUGCGUUGUUUUGGGUCUCGGAAGAAGAGCCACAGAGACGGCUGGAGCUCGGCAGACGCGAGGAGACAUUGGAAGUGAGCGAGAGGGGUUUCAGCCUCCGGUCUCUUUCUUUCUCUCUAUCUGAAGAGAAGAGAAUAAGAUCAUAGCCAUGGACAAAGUCAGCAAUGUGGUCUUGGAUAUCGAAUGUCUUACACAGCCAACUGAAUUAUGUUGCACUGGAAGCCCGAAGAUGCCUAAAGUGCUUUCACGAAAGGGAUCAAUCCGCAUGGAGAAACAUAAUGGGGAAGAGCAGAAAGCGGAUGAUGCAUUAAAGAAGCUUGUCAUUAAAGUAGUACCUUCAUUGCCCGAGCAGCCACUGAAGCAGCCUCUUGUGCCAUUUAAGAGUUUCCAGGCUGUACAAUCUGUGCCUAAUAGCCCUGUUUUCCAAGAUAUGGGAGAAGGAAGGUGCAAAAGAUCAAAUCGCUUAACCAUCCAUCCGCGAAAGAUUCUUCUUUUCUUCGCGACCAUGUCAAGCAUCGGGACAAUGAUUCUCAUAUACUUCACGCUUGCUAUUAACCGAAAAAAUGGAGCUUACCUCUGGUCCUGAACUUUUACCUGCAAGAACAGCUCAGUUACCUUUGUGAAGGUGUCGGCAACGGAACACAUGCAGCCAUUAAUUACCACUGAGGAGCUCAUAAACCUUUGUCCCACUUUUUUCACAUAUCCACUGGCAGUGAUCACUGAUGGUAGAAGCAUGACAGUGAAAGUAACCCAUUGCUCUGAUGUAGUACAUAAGUGGUGUCAACUGUGAAACUCUAACUGUAAAAGCUUAAAUUGGUACUGUGGAGCAGUCAGCUGCCUUGAAUUACUUCUCAUUGCACCCACCACCAACUAAUGCUGCCCUGAGCUUGCUGUCACUAUUGAAUGCUAAAAUGUCGUCUUGUUCUAUCUGGUUAGAUUUCAAUUGUAUCCUUUCUGUGGUGAGUAAAUGAGUUAAUCCUGCUAAAUAUGUUACUGUGAAGAUGUGAUAGUAGAGCCAAUUCUUGAGUAAUA